AUGAUUAGACGCCCACCGACUAUCAUUGCCCUCGGAGAAGAGGAUCUUCAAGCGCAUCUGCACCGCAUGUUUCUCCGGACGCUCCCCGAGAACCUGGACCGGCUGCACCUGGACGAUCCCGAUCAAAACCGCCCUCGGGAUGCCUCUUCCUCAGAAGAUCCCUAUGACUUGUCCGACCAGUCAGAUGGGGACCGGGCCUUCAAUGCUUCUCAUCGCCCUCGUGGAGGCCCAUCAUGCGUUGGACAUGCGUCGCUGGCUGACGCGGGUUCCUCGCUCCCUGCUUCGAUCAAUGGUUCGACCCACCGAACUAUUGACCCAAACAGGGCCCCCGCGGCUACACAGCUGAUAUCAUCUACCCGCGCCCGAGCAUCUCAGCGUCGGGAUCGAUCUUUAUGCCCUGGCAGCGAUUGA